AUGGAGAUGGAUGAUGACCCCAACCCGGAGAUGCAAACAGGAACCCCGGGCCACCCUAUCAGCAUAUCUAGUGGGUCUCCGUUUCAGGGAUCCCCUUACCGUGGGCCUGAUUCCUUUCAGGAGAGGAUGGGUACCUAUGAUUGGUAUUUUACCCCUUCCUACCAUAGCUCUCCAGCCCAACUACCUUUGGUUGAACCUCAACUUCAAGCUGUUUCACCACCACCACUCCCGGUAGAGGAGCCACCGCAGCCACCUCCCGAGCCUCCUAGGCGAAGGAGGAACGCACGCAUGUCCGUGCGAGGAGGACCCCGUUUCAGUUCUCCUCAUGGUUCGAGUUCCUAUCCCCCUAUCCCAGAGGACCCCCAGUUGGGCGGACCCUCAAACGCGGCACCGGAGGCUAAUCCUCCGCAAGCUUCUUAUGCACCACAUCAGCCGCCUGCGGGUUUUGAUAACCCAAUCCCGACAUACCCAGGUUCAUCCGGGUACAAUCCUUAUGAGAACCCGUCGGGGUAUCCAUCGGGCUAUGGAACUCACGACCCAUAUCUUACGGCUGUGCAGUAUCAUCACCUUUAUCCUUCUACUUACCUUUCUAUGCAUCCAACUGAAUACCCGAUUCAGGGUUAUCAGUACCCUCCGUACCAGGCACCUCCUCCCCAGCAGCUACAGCAACAGCAACAAACUCAGGAAAUUCUGGAGAGGCUAGAUAAGGUUGAGAACAAGGCUAGGAAGAACAAGGAAAGGCAUACUAGCUUUAUGAAAGGCCUUGCGAACCUUAUCAAAGGGAAGAAGAAGUAG